GUACAUUCAGUUAAGAUCGAAUCGCGCAACUGCAUACACGUUUAAGCUUUGCUACUUCGGCGCAGUGAUUAGUGGUUACACCAUUGUUAAGUUUGAAAAAAAUAAAUAAAUAGUUAUUUGCGGAAAUUGAACCCCAUAAAGCGAAAGAGUUAUGCAGCAAAUAAUGUAUUUUAGUGUUUUACUAGUUAUCCUUGGAUUAAUAAAGCAAGGUUGCUGCGGUCCUGUUCAAGCAUCAGAAUGUCCAGAAAAAAUAGGUGAGCAGGCGUACGCACACACUCAACGAUGUGACCAAUUUUUCUUAUGUACAAAUGGCACCCUGACUUUGGAAACAUGUGAGAACGGUCUUUUGUUCGAUGGAAAGGGAUCAGUACACAAUCAUUGUAAUUAUAAUUGGGCUGUUGACUGCAAAGGACGACAAUGGGAUCCGACACCAAUUUCAACACCGGGUUGUGAAUACCAAUUCGGCAUUUAUUCAGUCGCAAAGGAGUGUUCUACUACGUAUAUUAAGUGCGCAUACGGAGAACCGAUCGAACAAGAAUGUGACGCUGGAUUGGCUUAUGAUGAGCGAACUCACGGUUGUAACUGGCCCGACCAGCUUUUAGACAUUUGUAAUCCAGAAGCGGUCGUGGGUUUCAAGUGUCCAACAAAAGUUGAUUCUAGCUCCCCAGCAGCACGCUUUUGGCCGUUCCCACGUUUUGCUGUCCAAGGAGACUGCCACCGUUUGAUAACUUGUGUUGAAGGAUUUCCUCGUUUAAUAACAUGUGGUGAGGAUAAAAUUUUCGAUGAAAGCACACUUACUUGUGAAGACCCGGAAUAUGCAUCCUCAAAAUGUAACAGCCUUGGAAAAUAAUCUGGUUAAUUCGCAUACUACGAUUUUUAAAACAAUCUAUUUCUGCCUUUUCCAUGUUAAUCUAUGUAUGUAUGUAUGUACAUACGUAUGUGCAUAUACAUUUUUUGUACUUACUGUCCAACUAAUAUGUAUUUCUAUCUAUUCACGAAAUUUUCCGAUAGUAUAAAAUAAAAAAUAAAACAAUAAUUAGCAAUCUUGUAAAAAUGUAACAUAUGUAUGUAUUUGAAUUUGAUAUUUAAAAUUAAAAUUAAAUGCAAUAAAUUUUAUUUAAUUAAAAUAAAG